GCUAUUCAUUACCGAAUGCUACUCUAUCUAUAGGAAAUGUCUGUUCUGUCAUCUAGAAUUUAUUGGACUUUUCUGGAUUGAAUAUCUGAUGAGGUUUCACUUAUUGAACAAGAUGACAGCCAAGAAAAAUUUCUCAAGGUAACACACUUGCCAUGGAUUCUGUUCGAGGACAAGGCAGCAUCCAGAUGCUGCUAACAGCAGAACAGGAUGCUCAACACAUUGUUAACAGUGCUAGAACCUCAAAGACGGCGCGCUUGAGGCAAGCUAAAGACGAAGCUGAGAGGGAAGUGCAACUCUAUCGCACCAAAAUGGAGGCUGAGUAUCAAAAGAUGAUUUCAGAUACAAGUGGGAGCUCUGGCUCCAAUGUCAAAAGGCUUGAGGAGGAAACUGAUGCGAAGAUUAAAAACUUGAAGGAAUCAUCCUCAAAGGUCCGAUCGGAUAUCGUCAGCAUGCUUAUGAAGUAUGUCACAACUGUGAAAACUUGAAGCAUAUGCAGUCACAGUGUAUAUGCGAAAGGCAAAGAAAGAGAGAACCUGGAAUAAAGGGGUCUGAAACUAGCAGAUCGGGAUAGUAUUCCAUUAUGGAUUGUUUGUUUAUUGCUUCGAUGCGUGUCUUAGCUUACAAAGUUCUUUUGAGAGACAUUAGUUUCUUCCAUAAUUAU